AAUCGGCACAGCAGGACGCCUGUCUGAGGGCUCAACCGCGCCUAAGCGUUGCAUGAGAGUUUUUCAACAAAAGACAACAUCUUGGAAAGUGUUUUUCAGCGGACUUGCAGGGGGAAUUUAACUCUGGACGGGGAAGAGAACAAAGGGGAGGGACGGUCUCUGCUGAUGGACUCCGAGAUGAGAUAGUGUUCCAGUCCAUCUCCUCACCGACCCAAGCUGCGCUUUCUUUUCUGGAUGAUGUAACUCUUUGGAGACAGGCUGAGAUCAAAUAAUUGUCUUUUUUUUUUUAUUUAUUUAUUUUUCAUUUUAUUAAAUUCCUAAGUUUUUCCCCCCUGAAUUGUUUGGACGAAAUACGACGACAGUCUUGUUUUGUGGAGCGGGUGUGCAGGUCGGAGUGACGCGGCGCGGCUCAGCGGGACGUUGCGCAGGGAUCAAGCGGCUGAUCCCAGAGAUGGGGAGCGCUGGUGCAGUCAUGUGGCAGAGGAUUCAGAUUUGCUGCGCACUGUUUGCACUGUAUUCAGCUGCACCGCCUGCACACAUCAACCGCUUGGCGCUGUUCCCUGACAAGAGCGCCUGGUGCGAAGCCAAGAACAUCACACAGAUAGUCGGGCACACAGGAUGUCAGCCUCGGUCUAUUCAAAACAGAGCUUGUCUGGGCCAGUGUUUCAGUUACAGCGUCCCCAACACAUUCCCACAGUCGACGGAGUCACUGGUGCACUGUGACUCCUGCAUGCCGGCCCAGACACAGUGGGAAGUGGUGACUCUGGAUUGCCCGGGCAGUGAAGAGUCUCCUCAUGUGGAUAAGCUGGUGGAGAGGAUCUUCCACUGCAGCUGCCAGUCCUGCAGUAAGGAAGGUGUCCAGGAGGGGGCAGUAAUGCAGCUGUAUCCAUCAGACAACACCGUGGCUUCAGUCCCCUCCCAAUCUGACCCCCCCAGCAGGGCUCAGUCUCACUCUCUGCCCCACUCGGAUACGCACCCUAACAAGCAUGUCCAGCUGCACACAGACCACCACACACUACCCCAAACUUCAGAUGGGGGGUAGGAACGCCAUCCAUUUGAUCAUGUGUGACUUUUUUUAAAAUCCUUUCUGCUCUCCUCCCUUCUACCAAUCCAUAGUGUUGUAAAUGCACUUUGAAGACACAACUUCACUUUGUGUUAUAUUCUUUCUCUCAAACACAAACACAUACAAACACUUGCUGUAAUGCUUUAAACUACACGCCAGUCUAUGCACCCUUUUAUUUGCUUUUGAUACAUGCCUAUGUGUGCAUUUCUACAUCCAGACAUGACUAUAGUCUGCUAAUAAACUGUAGUCGUUAAAUCUGCUUUGAUUGAAAUAAAGU